CUGCGUGCGGGUGAGCACGACGUGGUGAAGAGGAAGAUAUCUGCGUACCUUUCGUGAUCUUCGGGCCGCCGAAAGACUGCUCGAUGAUGACGUUGCGACCUGCGAAGACGGUGAGCGGAAAGCAGCGAGCGCGAGGAGAGCGUACGCACCCUUGGGACCGAGGGUGACGCUGACGGCGUCCGCGAGCACGUCGACACCCUUGAGAAUGCUAGCGCGACCCUCGUUCGAGAACUUGAUUUCCUUGUGCGCGCCGCGAGCCAGCGAAGGCUUGGCCGCUUUUGCGGCGGCGCGGCGGAGCGCAGCAGAGGACGACUGAGAGAGGUGGUGCAUUUUGUUCGACACGCGGGGCGAUGAGCAGAGAGGCGGCGGGUGCGGGGGCGACGACGAGCAGGGGGAUGACGGUGAAGGACGCCGACGAGCACGCCCACUUUUUGUCCAUUUGGUCACGGAACACUCUAGAAUCACGCAGUAACGCCCCGUCACAUCACGCUCACACCCGACGGGGUCCGACGCCGACCGCCGCUCUCGUCCUCGCCGCCAUCCCCGCCGUGCUCAACGAGCGUCGCCGUCGUCCACGAAGAUGGGUCGAGGAUGCGAGGCUCGUAUCAAACAUUCUAUGCGCGUUUUCUGAGUUUCCUGCUCGCGAGUAUCUACGCUUCGGGGAUCGGUAUGUGCAAUCGACAUCCCUCCGGCAGUCUAGGUAUAGCAUUCGAUUCGUGCUCGAUCCGACGGUUCCGCGGUGGCAAGCUUUGUCCCUCCGUGAUCUACCAGUCAGGCCACACAUAACUGCUCUCGGAUCCGGACUGCAGUGGAUCUGCGUUCGAACGUCCCCCUCAAGUGAGGAUGCCUCGCUGCCAUGCUCUGUAGUGACUGCCACACAAAUCAGGUUGUCGCACUCGUCAAGCGAUCCCCAAGGGAACCUGUCCAUAAACGCCAUUCGACGGCUGAUCCUCCUCGGACGGCUUGCGCCUGCUCCCGAAGACCUUCUUGACCUUCCUGACAAGUGACGACGCCUGCUCGCCCUCCGCUUUCUGCGCUUUCUGUGCUUCCUUCGCCUUUUGGCGCAUCCGUUGCUUUUCUGCCUUCGCCGCCUGUCUCUGUCGCUCCUGGGAUCCCGGGCGGAAACUUUUGAGAUAGCUAUCUCCUGAUGAGUCUAACACAUUCUUCAGGGUACGGCGUGUGAGAGCUGAGACAGAGCGUCGCGCGAGCUAGGCA